AUGGAGACAUACACCUUCCCCCACUUCCACCCAGAAAGCAAUACCGUCCACCUCGCCCUCUUCCACUCUGUCAGCAACGCCCAGCCCCUCCUCUCUCAGAUCAUCAAUGCCGCCUCUCUGCCCACGGGCCACCCGGAUCAGAUCAAGGUAGACUUUGCAUUCAUCGAUGCGGGCAUGGUAGUCAGUAGAGAGCAGGUACUCAAUGCGGUGUUGCAGAGCAUGGUUUGGAAGGAGAGGGGCGAAGAGGGAGCAAUUGGGGCGGGCAGUGGAGGAUUAAAGACAAAGACGAUUCAUAGCGAGGUGAUCUGGAACCUCUUCCCUGGCAGAAAUAUCUCCUCGUCCCUACGCGAAGUUGGUCUCUCGCCCAAGACCACCUCUCUCCUCCUCGUUCACAUCUGCUCCUCUUCAAAUCCCCAACCCUCCGAGAUCCUCUCCCGCAUGACCAAUCUAGUGCAAGGUACUCUCGAUGUCUCUGGUCUCUCCUCUCUCGAGCAUCGAGCAGAUGCAGGGGAAGGCAGCGCAGGGACGAAUUGGAAGGAGCUCACAAAGUUGUACAAGAUUGACGAGUCGGUGGAUAACGAAGAGCGCAGGAGGGCAGUCGUGGAGAGUGCCACGGCUAUCAAGAAUGUUGCCGGUUGA